AAUUUUUGUGUUUAGUUGUCUAUCGAUGUUUGAUCAAAAUAAUGUUUUAAACAAUGAUAAUGUCAAUGAGGCCUACGAGACAAGCUGUUAAGAUCACCUUGUUGUAGUUUCGGUACGUGUCUUAAAAUAGAGAAGUGUUGAGGUUUGAACCAGGGAGACCAAAAUGACGUCGUCGUUUUGACCGCUCUACAGCACUUGGGUGCAGCCCCGCACCAGAGCAUCCCGGCAUCCCCGGAUUCGGUUGGAGAUGCUCAGCAUCUCCUCUGUUCCUACAUGUACUGUGGGGAUUUGGCUCACAAUUCAAAGGGUCCUAGAACCGUGGGAAUUGAGAUUUAGUUGCAGAUGAUUCUCAGGGACCAGUUGCAGGCAUUGAAGAAGGGCUUUGGCUGGAGUGCCUUAUCCCAUUUUAGCCGCAGCAAAAUAGGCUCCCAUUUGGCCUAUAAAUUCAGUUGCCUUCUUUGUGUGCUGGAGACACAGAGAGUGCGAGUUGAGUUUGAGCUCGGACGUGUGAGCUCCUCCUCCGGUGAGAGUUAAUUGAUAAUUGCGUGCGAUUCAACAAUAGAUGAAAUUUCUCUCCGUGUUUGAGUUGUGUGCGCGUGUUUGGUUUGAGGUCUUGGGCGGCACUCACAAUCAUAACUUACGUUUACAUAUUCAAUUAUUCAAAGGGCGUUAGUGCAAUCUCGAAGAGGCGCAAUGUGGCUUCAAAAAUCGAAACCUUGAGAUUGGAUUUCGAGGAUUCUGGAUUUGGUUUGAUCGGUUUUUCAUCAUGGUAUUCUGGGAGGGUUACGUGAGCGAUGAAGCCAUGGGGACAUUUGCCCCAGUUAUGGUGUAUUGGUUGUACGCGGGGUUUUAUCAGUUGUUACCGCCACUAGACAAUUACCGUCUGCACACCAGAAAAGAGGAAGAAGAGAGGAACUUGGUGCCGUUGUGGUCUGUCGUCAAGGGUGUUUUGCUGAAUCAGCUUGUUCAGGUCGCUGUUGCUCAUGGGAUCUUCUUGCUAACCUCCCAGGCAAGUUCAUCUGGAGUCGCAGUUCAUCCCUCACUUCCGGUCCAAAUUCUGCAAAUUGCUAUAGCAAUGCUGGUCAUGGACGCCUCGCAGUAUUUCAUGCAUCAAUACAUGCACCAAAAUAAGUUCUUGUACCGUCACGUCCAUUCCCAACACCAUAGAUUGGUUGUCCCAUACGCAAUCGGGGCCUCCUACAAUCACCCGCUCGAGGGACUUCUAGACACUUUUGGUGGGGUUAUCUCCUUCCUCAUCUCCAGAAUGACUGCUCGGACGGCUGUGAUUUUCUUCUGCUUUAUGGCAAUCAAAAACGUUGAUGACCACUGCGGACUAUGGUUGCCUGGCAAUAUCUUCCAUCUCUUAUUCCAGAACAACUCUGCUUAUCAUGACAUCCAUCAUCAACUCCAGGGCACAAAGUACAACUACUCCCAGCCUUUCUUUCCCAUUUGGGAUAAACUUCUUGGAACCCACAUGCCUUAUAGGGUUGUGAAGCGAGCUGAUGGGGGUUUCGAGGCUAGAGUAGCGAAAGACUAGUUCAUCUCUUACCAUUAGUCCUUGUAAUAUACCCUUUCGUCGUUUUAGGAUGUCUGAUCGAGCUUGUGCCAAUCGCGGAGAAAUCGUCCUAGUUUAUCCUUAUGAGGAGGAGCUAGAGUUUGCCACUAAUGUUCAUUGUUCAUUCCUUUUUGCUGUUGGGUGAGUAUUGUUUUUCUUUGAUUGGAAUGUAACAUUGCCAACUGAUGUAUUGUCAAGUAUACUGUUUCGUUAUUGUGAUCAUUUGAAAGUUUUAAGUUCCUCAGAACUGCUAAAAGUUACACGAUGAGCUUUCGGACCAUGUAUUUCAAAG